ACCUACCCGGCAGGCUGGACCUAAUCAGAACAUCAUCUGUCGUCUGCCACACGAGCGCGUCAUCAUCACCAUCCUCCACCGUCCUCCGUCCGAGCCAUUUUCACAACCAGCAAUUUCCCUUCUACGAUACGCUCAGAGAUACUAUACGACCAUGGAUAACAAUGCGAGCGCCUCAAAGGCACUUGUUCGCAAGCGAGAUGACGUGGAAUUGAUGCCGCCGCCGCCACCACCCCCGAAACGGAUUAAGCGGCCGAAGAAAAUCCUGGACGAAGACAGCUACACCGACGCCCUAUCUCGCAUUAUCGCCCGCGACUUCUUCCCGGGGCUCUUGGAGAGCGAGACACAGCAAGAAUACCUCGACGCCAUAGAGUCCAAGGAUGCUGCGUGGAUUUCGAGUGCGAGCCGGCGCCUUCGACAGGUCAUGACUCCAGCGCGCCGGAAAACCGGGCGGGGAACAUCACUGACCCCAAGCGCACAAACGCCCAGAGGCUUCACCGGCGAUACGCCGAUCUCGGUGUCGACAGAGGCCCCCGCGCCAUCCCCAGAGGAGAGAGAAGAGGUCGAUACGAAUAUGAGCCUGGGCGCAUUCCAAUCCAGAUAUACGAGCGAGGAUAACGAGAGCUUCUACAAACUUCUGGACAAACAAAAUUCGAAGAGGGCCCGAAAGUACGCAUGGUUAUGGGCAGGGAACAAGCUGCCGUCAAAGAUGCAGCUGAAACAGAAGCAGAUCGAGGCCAAGUUGAUGGAGACGCGAAGUUUAACGGAUGAUGGAUUCGAGAGAGACCGGCUAGCCAUUAGGGAUCGCGAGGAGAAACCUGCCCAGGCGGAGACGUGGAAGUCGAUGCCGAAAAAUUCGCUCAUGUACGUUCCCGAGGGCAUCGAAGAUGCGAUGGAGACGGUGAUACAACAGGCGGAAGCCGAGUCUCGAGCUGGCCCCAAGGCCGUCAGCUACGAGAAUACAAGGCUACCAGGACCGCAGUUAGACCACGACGCAGCCGUAGCGCCAUCGCCAUCGCUGUCUGCCGUCCGAGACGCUAUCGCGGGAAAGCGGGGCGGAGGCGACUUGGACUCGACCACAGCCGGCAGCGAAACACCGAGGGUGAACGGGUACGCAUUUGUGGACGACGAGGAACCAGAGGAUACGCAACCACCGGCACCCAAAAUUGACCUCGGCCCUGGCGAAGCCACCCCUAACCCCUUCACCAUCAAGGAGCAAAGCAAGAGAGAAGCCCUGCACCAUCGCAUGGUCGACCGAAUCUCGCAAUCCAGGAGGACGUCUUCCCAGAUCGGCAUGACGGGGAAAGUCGACAAAACUCCCGUGCCCAAGUUUCCAAGCAGCCACCGCGUGAGGGGUGGCCUUACACCGGCAGCUCAGCGUCUCUGGAGCCAGAUCGGGGUAAACGGGAACAGCACGCCCCGUACACCGUUCGGGCAGAACACGUCGUCGAUUGGUGGGAGGAGCUCCAAGUUAAGGCCCACUUUGAAAUAGUUCACGGGCGUAAAUGGAUACGAAGAAACGAUUAGAGAAAUUUUGAUACCCCGGAUAGAGAAGAGCAAGGCGAUCUCUAGACAUACAAUGUGAAGAGUUGUUCCCCCCCAUGGACUUGCUUGUGCUGCCUCUUACCUAGCGCACUAUGGACACCGCUCACUCCCCUCUCCAUCCCAACUUGUAUAGGAGUGUACGCUACGUAAGUAUUUUUCAAAAGGCCGAGAUAAAUGCCCGUAAAUCCAUGUAGGGGGUACGUAGGUAGGUACCUACACCUUGUUGUGUGAAAGAGCCUCAUCUCACGAGUCAAAC